CGCAUGCUGCCUGGAAAUCGUAAAAAGGAAAUCGUGCAAUUGCAUUAUGUAGACAAAUAGCUUUGUGCACAAAACACAGUUUGCAUUAUAGUUUUUACGACAGGUACACUAUUAUAAUGACAUUUAAAUUCAUCAGAAUAUAAUAUGACCGAAAACGAUAUGUAAUCAUUUUAAAAUGUAAUACGCUUUAUUUUACAUGAAAUAUGUGACAUCUAUUUUGAUUUUGAGGUGAAAGGGGGCAUCAUCGUCUGAGCAGGAUAACAGCUGUGCGACUGAAGCUGCUGUCGGACGAAUCGCCUGCGCUCUCAUCAGCAGUCUCCAGUCUCAGCAUUGGCUCAACUCAGUCUCCACAGCAGAGGAAACACACAAGCAUGUCCGUCUAGAGCUCCGUCAUGCUAGGAUGAUAUGGGCUCGGCGGAGGACGUGACAGCUGUCCGCUGGCAUCAUGAGGAUUCUAACGGCGUCCGGCCUCUUUCUGGCCUUGUGCUCCAUCGGACUCUUGAUCAUGGCCAUCAGCACGGACUACUGGUACGAGACGGAUGCGCGGAAGCACCGGGAUCGAUGCAAAAAAUACGCCAGUAAGAGAAACAACCCGGGUUACAUUUACAUCUCAAACCAAAACCUCCCGCUCCGGAUGCGCCCAGAGCCCGGAGCUGCUCUGCGGGAAUCCCUGCACCCAGAGCCCGUCCUGGAGUCGCGCUGCAGCCGCCACUACAACUCAACCACCACCGGCCUGUGGAAGAAAUGCCAUCGAGAAGGAUUCGACCUGGAAAACGAGGAUCUGAUUUUUAAAGGUUUGCUUCAGCGCUGUACGCCGGUAAAGUAUUACUACUCCUCAGCCAAUAUCCCUCGAAAUCUGCCUGUGAACAUCACCAAGACUAUACGACAAGAUGAGUGGCACGUUCUCCAUCUGCAGCGGAUGACGGCAGGUUUUAUAGGCAUGGCUGUUGCCAUCAUCUUGUUUGGCUGGAUCAUUGGCGUGCUGGGCUGCUGGAAACACAAUGAGCUAAUGCAGUAUGUAGCAGGUCUGCUCUUCCUGAUGGGAGGUACCUGCUGCAUCAUUUCUCUGUGCACGUGUGUCGCCGGGAUUAAUUUCGAGCUCUCGCGGUAUCCGCGCUACCUUUACGGCCUGCCGGAGGACAUCAGUCAUGGGUACGGCUGGUCCAUGUUCAGUGCGUGGGGCGGUCUGGGUUUGACCCUGCUGGCUGGAUUUCUGUGCACGCUUGCACCUUCUCUACACAGUCCACAGAUAACCACCACCAUACAUAAACCACGACAGGAGAACGGCAUGGUGUGACACACUUCACACACUCCACUAAUAAAAGCACAGAAAACAUCAAGUCACACUGAUAUUAACAAGUGGUUGACAGAUAAAUGACAAACAGAUCGGGAAGAUGACAGACCAAGAUUUACAAUGACUUCACCAGUGAAAAUCAGCAAUUCAGUCUUGUUUCUCAGUAAAAAAAAUCUAAACAUCCAUAAAACAUUCAUGUUUAAAAAGAACAACUGUAUACUAUGUGUGUACUUGUGUUUUAUCAUCAGAGAAUAUUUAAAUGCCAUAUCCAUAAAACAAGACACAACAACCCUUUUUUGGUACACGGCUGAUCUUUUACUUGAAGAUUUCUGCCUGUUAUGGUGCUCUCUUUCUGUUUAUCAUUAUGUUUGCAUAUAUUUCAUAAUGUCCAUCAUAUUGUCUGGCUGUUUCCAGCAUUUCCUGUCCUUCUAUCUCUCUUCUGUUUCUGUUGCUCAACGCAUCAAAAGUGGAAAUGUCUCAGAGAAAAGUUCAUAUUUUAUUCCGUAAACUGUGUUUCUGUAUAGAAAAGAGAAACAACAAACCAAACAACGAAAUACUGUAUUUGUCUUUAGUGUCUUCCUGUAUGUUUUUAACAAAAAGUCUGACAUGUUCAACAGCACAAGUAAAGUGGAAUUUGGAGGCAAUAUGUGAAAAUGAACUUUUAAGUUCAUGCACAACCUUAUCAAGAAAUCUUCACAUAGAUUUAGAUAACAUCUGUUAUGAAAUGUUUUGAAAUGGUUAUUUUUGAUUUAUGAACUUUUAUUUUCUAA